AAAAACAUGCAUGUACUAUAUAACGUCGCAGUCUGAUCUUGCGAACGAACAUCCUUUGGAAAUAUCAAAGUGAAAUAAUACGUUUUGAAGAGGAAUGACAGAUAAACAUGAUAUCCCCUGCAUCUCCGCCUCCUUUGAAGAUUGUUCUAGACUCGAAGAGUGAUCCAUAUUCCAAGUCAUCUCAAUGGAACGACUCAGAGAGAAGACUAUGGACAGUUCUGCUCUUUGUUAUGACAUCAGUUCUGUUCUCUGCUCGGACUAUCGUACCUCUGGUCGCAGUGAAUGUAUCAAAAGAAUUUGGCUGGGAUAAAGCUGAUACUGGGCUUGUCCUAGGUUCCUUCUUCUGGGGCUAUCCCAUUGCUCAGAUACCUGGGGGUGUAAUGAGCGAUAAGAUCGGAGGGGAUUAUGUGAUCAUUCGAGCAGCAUUUAUAUGGGGCGGAGUCACCAUCGUCACACCAUUAAUCCCUUAUCUAUUCACGACAAAAGGAGGGACUAUCAUGUCUAUGACCGUACUUCGAUUUUUAAUGGGUCUUACACAAGGCGUUCAUUAUCCGUCACUGACUAGUUUACUUAGUCAAAAGGUGGCAGCCGAUAAGAGGGCGUAUGUCAUGUCAUGUGUGUUUGCAGCUAGUUCUUUAGGUACACUCCUCACCGGUGCAAUAGGUUCAAUUAUAAUGGAUCAUUCCAACUGGCAUUACGUCUUCUAUUUCUUUGGUAUCAUCUCUAUCGUCGUAGCAACUGUCAUCCAAUCAUUCUCGAGGAAACAGAGGAGAAAAACAUUCUUCUCAUUCCAAAAUGGUCGAGCAGGAACGAGGAAGGAGGAUGAAGAAAAGAAAAGCCUGCCUAUCAUGAAGCUUCUUACUAAGAAACCUUUUUGGGGUGUCCUUGUCAGUCACAAUGCUCUCAAUUUUUCGAUGUGGCUCUUAAUCUCUUGGAUGCCUACGUAUUUCAAAGAUGUCUUCCCAGAGUCUAAGGGCUGGGUAUAUAACGUUCUUCCAUGGUUAGCGGCUAUACCCGCAUCAGUAGCAGGUGGAUGUCUUGGAGAUGCUCUCAUUGCCCAUAAAGUGCCUGUAGGCAUCUCAAGGAAAAUCAUGCAUACAUUGAGUAUGUUCGGAAUGGCAUUUUCAUUGCUAAGCGUGGGACUUACAGAUAGUUAUCAUGCGUCACUGGCUCUCAUGGUCAUAGCUGUAAUGGCGCAAUCCCUUACCAAUAGCAGUAUACCUCCCAAUGCCCAAGAUAUAGCGCCUAAACACGCAGGAUCCGUGUUCGGUAUUGUGAAUGCCAUGGGCGCCGUUCAGGGCUUUGUGGGAACCUACAUAGCAGGUCACAUUCUUCAUUCUACCGGAAGUUGGUCUGCUGUGUUCAACAUGUCUGCGUGUGUGUGUCUGUUCAGCUGGAUGGUAUUCACGCUGUUUGCGGUAGGAACGCCGGUCAUAUGACACUGGUCACAUGACUGUCAAAAUGACACUUGUCAUACUUAUUCAGCAAUCUUAUACGGCUUGAUUCAUCUGCAUGAAAAGAUCAUGUGCCAUAAGAUCUAUCUGGCUAGCAGGAUUGGCAAUUCCCGCCCAGAUGGAAAAUACUGGGAAAAACUUGUGAAUGCUUGAAAGUACUUUAGUGAUACGGGUAAGUGCAGUUAACUGCUAGAAUCUGCUUGAGAAACACUUUCUGAGCAAUGCCUGAAAGUAUUCAAGAAGUAUAUUUCGCAGUAUUUCCCUACAUGUUGAACUAUUUUCCACUUUCCUGAAAAAGUUAUCUAGGCGGUAUUUGCCACCAGUGUUUCCCUAUCCAGCCAAGCCUGGUGGGCAGAGCAUUGGACUCUUGAUUGUGAGGUUGUGAGUUCAAAUCCCAACUCGGCCAUAUUCUCCUGAUUAGCCGCAAAGGCCUGAGAGUAAUUUCUGUUGUCUUGUAGGAUGGCACAGUUGUCCUCAGAUUUUCACCAUUGCAUAGCUUCUGUUUCAUAUGCAUUCCACUUUGUGUUUUAGAAUGUGUAUUGUGCCAUAUUGGUACAUUCCUUGUGUAUAUACUGCAAGGUCUACAGGAACCACCUAAUCUAGAAAUAUAUUGGCCCGAAUUCACAAAGGUGGUUUUGAAAACCCACGGUUGAGUCAAUGGAUUAUGCAGAUAUCCUCUAUAAAUUACGCUUAUUUUACCGCGUAUAUUAAAAAUUGUCCAAUGCUGAUGCGCGCUUUUGUCACAGUGGGCCAAAUUAACGCCUGUUGCUGUGAUUAUCCACGCUAUUUUAAUCAUGAGUCCACUGUUUUGAAUUAAUGAGUCCACUCUUCAAACAGUGGACUCGUGAAUAAAAUAGCGUAUCUAACCAUGGUAACAGGCGUCAAUUUGGCGCACUGUGACAAAGACGCGCAUCAGCAUUGGACAUUUUUUAUACACGCGCCCAAUACGCGCUACUAAAAUUAAGCAUAAUUUAUACAGGAUAUCUGCAUAAACCAUGGAUUCAACCGUGGGUUUUCAAAAUCACCUUUGUGAAUUCGUGCCAUUGCGUUGCUUUCUAAUAUCCGUCUUUUCACAUCAGCCCUAUGCUACUAUGUUACUGUGUGCCUUGUGUAAUAUGCUGUGAUGAAGUAGCUCAUUAUUCUUUCAUGUAAUUCGCAGAGCUGCCACAGGUGUGUAAUCUCUUGCAUUUUAAAGGGGUACGCCGGGCUUAAAAUAUUUAUAUCUAAAUAAAUAGAGUAAAAUUCACAGAGUAAAAUUCUGAAAAUUUCAUCAAAAUCGGAUAACAAAUGACGAAGUUGUUGAAUUUUCAAGAUUUACUUUAUUCCGGUGAAAUAGUUCUAGGCGUACCUUCAUGGAUAUUCAUUAGGUGGGCUGAUGAUGUCACAUCCCCACUUUCCUUUUUCUUAUGUUAUUACAUGAAAUUAUAUUUGUUCAUUUUUUCAUGAAUGUGUAAAAUGAUGUGUCUUGAUUAUGAUGAAAUAAGUUGCAGCAAUAAAUAACUAAUGCACUUUAUCAGUUGUCAAUCCAAUUGUUUUAGUUCUAGGUAGAAACAUUUUGAAUAACCCUAAUUUCAUAUAAUAAAAUACAAAACAAAAGAACAAGUGGGGAUAUGACAUUAUCAGCCCACCUAAUGAAUAUUCAUGAAGACAUGCCUAGAACUAUUUUACCGCAAAAAUGCAAAUCUUUAAAAUUCAAUACUAGUAACUUCGUUAUUUGUUAUCCGAUUUUGAUCAAAUUUUCAGCAUUUUUCUCUGUGUAUUUUACUCUAUUUAUUGAGAUAAAUAAUCUUCAGCCUGGACCAUCCCUUUAAGCCUGACGCACACAAUACAAUUCGUUCAAAGAAAUUGUAGUAACAUUUGAUACUGACAUUCCAACCAAUGAAAUCUUUGCGAUCAGAGUUCAGAAUAGUGGUAGCCCUAGGACUACUUAUAUCGAAAGUCUGUCAAGUUCGAGCCUCCCUGUAGGAAUAAAAGUGAAUUCAAUUCCAAAUCGUAAUGACGUCAUCAUCGGCUGUGACUUGAAGCUGAUUUGGACUUUUACUCCGACCUCAGGGCUUGCCUCAAAGCAAAAUUAUGAUUUCAUUAUAUUCCUAACAUUAUGCCGAACUUCAGUUCAAAUAAAAUAACCUCUUGGAACUUUAAUAUUUUAUUAAAAAAUUGUGUUUUAUCAGAUUGCAUUGUGUUCGUUGGGUUUAAUAGAUAAUUCAAUUCACCAAUGUGGGUUAAUGCUAUUUUAUUAUUAUUACUGAAUUGUUUGUUUAUUUAUAUAAAAAAUAGGGUACUGAAAAUUGCAGCCAGAAUAACCUCUAGUAUUUUGUCCUGUUUUCUUCAAAAUAAUGCAGAUUCUCUUGAAAUGUUUGUGUAUUUGUUGGAUCUUCUGUUACUACGCAUGUACCAAGCCUUAGAAAGGUAGAAAUAGAUGAACUGUAUUGUAUGUCCAAUGAUAAUAUGCCUUUGGGCACCUUGCCAAAAGUUGAGAGCCGCGUCUUUUUUACAGGAAUUCCGCAAACUCCUUUUUUGCUGAUCCUUGCAUCUAAUCUAGGCAAAAUACAUGGGGCUGCGGGAAAGAUGCGGGGAAGAUGCAGCGAAGGCAUUAUGUAGCUUUCCUGCAGCCCCACUCUCUUGUCUGUGAUGAAAUGUAUGUAGAGGUGGUCUGGCUCAGUGGAUAAGUCUCCAGACUUUGAACCACAAGGUCCAAGGAUCAAAUCCCUCUGCAGCACUCGCAUCUUUCGGCAAGACUCUUAUCUACAUUUGCCACUCUCCACCCAGGUGUAGUAAGUUGGUACCGGGAAGGAAGAAAUUCUGUGAAUGCUCUAGUGUCUGAUUAGGGUAGCUGUGCUAAAGCCAGGUUAUAGUAUGCAGUGGAGAAACUUGAAUGUUGUAUGUUAUUAUUGUUAUUGAAUGUUAGUAUUAGCAAUGAAAAGACUUGCAGAAUUCCUGCAGAAAGAAUAGCUCUUGACUUUUGAUAGGGAGCCUUAGAUCGAAAGCCUUGAUAACCAACAUUUGCAAGAAGCAAUGCACCUUCAUUUGUAGCAGGCAAAUAAGCCUUUUCAACAAUGUAGAUACUGUAGUGUUGUGUGAAUCCCAGAUAUCUGUUAUAACCCAUUGAGCCUUUAUCCAAGAUAAUGAAAAUUCAUCUAUAUUUACAUUGUUUUUUUUUUUGUUAAUGCAAUAAAAUAGUGUGCAUUGUUGAAAUGGUGAUUUACCAGCGGUACUUCAGAAGUACACUAUUAUUUCUACUUGACUACCUAAUGUUUCCCAUCCAUUUGUACUUUUAUUUUAUGGAGAUAAAGCCAAAUAUGCUGCAUGUAUUUAUGAGACCUACCACUUCAGAACCCUCAGUAAGUUUUCCAAAAUUAGUUUUGAGGUUUUAUUAAAAAGCAGUUCCUUGGCCUUUAAAGGACAAGUCCACCCCAACAAAAAAUGAUUAGAAUAAGAAGAGAAAAAUCCAACAAGCAUAGCACUGAAAAUUUCAUCAAAAUCGGAUGUAAAAUAAGAAAGUUAUGACAUUUUAAAGUUUCGCUUAAUUUCACAAAACAGUUAUAUGCACAUCCUGGACGGUAUACAAAUGAGGAGAGUGAUGACGUCAUCCACUCACUAUUUCUUUUGUAUUUCAUUUUAUGAAAUAUGAAAUAUUCUAAUUUUCUCCUCACUGUAAAGUGAAACUGUGAUUAAUUCCUCCCUGAACAUGUGGAGUUAGCAUUGUUUAAUACUAUAUGAUUCAGUCCCUAUGGUC